UGAUCAUUUGUAAAGUCAUAUAAGAUAUUUAAUUCAACAAUGAUCACUGUGUAAGAUUAUGAAAUUAUCCUAGUUUUCUAUUCAAUAUGUUUUACUAUACAUUUAGUUGUUUAUAUAUUUCUAUUAUAAUUUUUAAUAUGACAUUUAGUUUACCAUUGAAAAAUGUUAUAGAUGAUUCAAAUACUACUACAAAUGGUUAUGAUUAUCGAGUACCUGGUAUUAAUAAUGAUGAUGAUUCUAAUUGGACAGUAAUUUCUCAUGAAGCUCUUCAUGAAGCAUUAAAUUCUACAGAUGAUUCAUUGGAACAUGAUGAAGAAUUAACAACAACAAUGUCAUUAUCAUCAUCGUCAUCAUCACCUAUGACGAUGACAACAGAAACAAUAACUUCAAUGUCUACAUUAGAAUCAGCAGAAAAUGUUAAAAAUUCACAGCAGUCACAAUCAAUUAUGAAUAAUAUAUCAGUAGAAAAAAAAGAAUUAACAAAACCAACAACAUCUCUAGUUACUAUCAUACCAGAGACAACAUCAUUAUCAUCGUCAUUUUCAACGAAACCAAUGGUAGAAACAACACUUAACUCAUAAACAAUUAUCAAAUAAUGCAAAACGAUAUAUAUAUAUAUAUAUAUGUGCGUGAAAUACUAUAUGAUGAUUCAAUGGGUAUAUUUUUCUUUCUAAAAAAGUGACAAACAAAAAAAGGUUAACAUGGAUUCAGAUGAGUAGUAUAUUCAUUGUAAUAUUAAUGUAAUUUUAUUUCAAUUACAUUUUAUUAUACCGUUGAAAAAA